AAUACAGGAUUUUCCUGCUCUGUCAGAGCUUCAGUGCCAGACUCCCAAACAACAACUGUAGACCCUGAGCCAACUUCAGAAUGCACUGGAUGUGGACAAGUCAACCGUGCCAACCGCAUUGUUGGUGGAGAAGAGACGGAGGUGAACGAAUAUCCCUGGAUGGUUUCUCUUGUCGACGGCAGUGGAUACUAUCACUUCUGUGGCGGUUCUAUCAUCUCCAGCCAAUGGGUCGUCACUGCAGCUCAUUGUGCAGUAGGCAUGACCACCUCGGAUUAUGUGCUGGUGGGAGACCACAACCUGUACUCCGCAAGCGAAGCCAAUUCUCAGUGGAUGGAGAUUGCUGAAAUUGUGAAUCAUCCGUCCUAUGAUUCCAACACACUGGACAACGACAUUGCCCUCAUCAGACUCAAGACAGAGAUCCAGUUCCCAUCUGACAACAAAAUCGCCCCUGUCUGCCUUCCAACUGCUGGUGAAAUGUAUGAUAGUGUGGAUGCCACAAUCACAGGAUGGGGAGCUCAACAGGAGGGAGGAUCCACAUCGGGCACCUUGUUCGAGGUAACAGUGCCCACCAUGACAAACACCGAAUGCAAUACCAAGUACGGAGGACGCAUCACUGACAACAUGAUCUGCGCAGGCAUUCCUGAGGGAGGCAAGGACUCCUGCCAGGGAGACUCUGGUGGACCAAUGGUGGUGGAAGAAAACGGCAAGUGGAAGCUGGUGGGAGUUGUGUCGUGGGGUUAUGGCUGUGCUCGACCUGAUAGGCCCGGAGUCUAUGCCAGAGUUACACAAUAUUUGCAAUGGAUUUCUGACUCAACAACCGGAGUCUGUGUCGAUGGGAACACACCUGCUCCUACAAAUGCCCCGACGACUGCCCCUACAACUGCCCGA